AUGACGGAAAACACGACAAGAGCGUCUACUUUCGCUCCAGUGAACAUUGCUGUUAUAAAGUAUUGGGGCAAGCGAGACACGAAACUCAAUCUUCCCACCAAUGCCUCUCUCUCCGUGACCCUUUCGCAGGACGAUCUCCGCACCCACACCACAGCUUCCUGCUCGCCAUCCUUCACCGCCGAUUCGCUCACCCUUAACAAUGCCGACCAGGACAUCUCCGGAGCCCGCACACAAGCAUGUCUUCGCGAACUGCGCUCCCUCCGUGCCGCCCUAGAAUCAAAGGACUCCUCCCUUCCGAAACUCUCCACGCAACCCCUCAAGAUCGUUUCAGAGAACAACUUCCCUACCGCUGCUGGCCUCGCUUCCAGCGCUGCAGGGUUCGCCGCACUGAUCCGUGCGAUUGCGGACCUCUACCAGCUCCCUUCUUCCCCAACCGAACUUUCCCGUAUCGCACGUCAGGGCAGUGGUAGCGCAUGCAGAAGUCUCAUGGGCGGAUACGUAGCAUGGAGGAAGGGAGACAAGGCCGAUGGAAGUGACAGCGAAGCCUAUGAAGUUCAGCCUGCUUCUCACUGGCCGGAGAUGCGUGCCAUUAUUCUCGUUGCAUCUGCCGAGAAGAAAGAUGUCAGUUCCACCGCUGGUAUGCAGCAGACUGUGGCCAGCUCAGCACUUUUUGCUCAUCGUGCCGAAGUCGUGGUUCCUCAAAGAAUGGCUGCUAUGGAAGAGGCCGUGAAGGCAAAGGACUUUGAGGCUUUUGCGGAUCUGUCGAUGAAGGACAGCAACAACUUUCAUGCGUGCUGUUUGGACACACAGCCACCAAUCUUCUACAUGAAUGAUACGAGUAGAGCUGCGGUGCGAUUGGUGGAGGCCAUCAACGCGAGUCACCCUGAGGGGAAGAAGUAUGCGGCGUAUACCUUUGAUGCCGGUCCAAAUGCUGUGGUGUAUUAUUUGGAGAAGGAUGCGGACACUGUUGCGGGUACUUUCAAGACGCUCCUGGGAGACAAGACUGGAUGGAGUGGUGCGAACGGUGAGAAGAUUAAGGCGAGACAGGGAUCGUUGGAGGGGACCGAGGUUGCUGGAGAGGCACUGAAGAAGGGAAUCUCGAGGGUUAUCUUGACCAGUGUGGGUGAUGGACCAAGAAAGACGGAGGAGCAUUUGUGCUGA